AUCCGUUAAUAUAAAUUGAGCCAUCAAGCUUGGAAGAUCAUUUUGGAAAAUUGUAGUACAAUAAUAAGCAGAAAUGCUGCUUAAGAAGAAUUUCUUUACUAUUGCUUUACUAUUCUUGUAUUCAAUUAUUUUGUCAGUAAAUUGCGAUGAUGAUCAACCAAGUGUAAUUAUUGUGGGGGCAGGAGCAUCGGGAAUUGCAGCAGCAUCCAAACUUAUGCAAAAUGGUUUUAAAAAUGUGAAAAUCCUCGAGGCAGAAGAUAGAAUUGGAGGCCGAAUAUUCACUAAAGAUUUUGGUGAUAAAAAAGUUGAAUUAGGAGCCCAAUGGGUCCACGGGGUAGAAGGAAAUGUUGUUUAUGAAUUGGCAGCGCCACAUGGAGUAUUAGAUAAAGGAGACGGAGAAGCAGUAAAUAUGCAUGAGAAAAUGAUGAAUUCUGAGGGCAACGUAGUAAAUGAAAAUGACGUCAAAGAUGUUAAUGAAUUUACUGUAAAAGUAGAAGAUGAAUUAGUAGAGCAUGCGAAGACGAAUAAAAAUUCUCCUUUAGGCGAUUAUUACGAGAAUAAAAUUGAUAAAUAUGUGGAAGCACAUCCAGUAUGGAAGGAUAACAAAAAAGGAUUCACACACAUUCAUGAUAUGAUUAUGAUGUCUAUAUAUGCUGCAAAUUCUUGGGAUGAAGUAUCAACAGCAGCUGUCAAUGAUUUUCACAACUGCCCUGGUGAAUUUUUCGUCAAUUGGAAAACGAAUGGAUAUAAAACUAUUCUCGAUAUAUUAAUGAAACGUUUUCCGAAACCAGAAGAAGAAUUACCAGUGAUGGCAAAUACAGUAUUAAAUGCUGAAGUAGAAUCAAUUGAUUACUCAGAUCCAAAUGGAAAAGUUACAGUAAAAACUACAAAUGGAGACACACAUACUGCAGAUCAUGUAAUUGUCACAUGUUCCGUGGGUGUGUUAAAAGACAAACAUAAGUCAAUGUUCAAGCCCGCUUUGCCAGAAGAUAAACAAAAAGCAAUCGAGGGAACUGGUUACGGAAAUGCAGCAAAGGUUUAUCUCUCUUAUGAUGUGCCAUGGUGGAAAGAAGAUAUGGAGUAUGGAUUUGGUUUACUUUGGUUGGACAAAGAUUUAGAAAUGCUCGAAAAGGAUGUUGAGAAGAAGUGGAUUAUGGGUAUGGUUGGAGUUUAUGCAGUUGAGCACAAGCCAAAUUUACUCCAAGUUUGGGUAUCCGGAGAAAAAAAUACUAUGGAUAUGGAAAAGCUCACGGAUGAUCAAGUCAAAACUCAGGUUGUUGACAUUUUGAAAAGAUUUUUCGGAAAAACGCACACCGUCACAGAACCCACAGGAAUGAUGAGGUCAAAAUGGCAUAGCAAUAAACAUUUUAUGGGAACAUACAGCUUCAGAGAUGUAAAGAGUGACCAAGACGUUGUUAAUCCAACAAAAUUAGCAGAACCCGUAGUUGGCAAUGGAAAACCAGUCGUUAUGUUUGCCGGGGAGGCAACAAGUCCCCAUCAUUUUGGUUCUGUCCAUGGAGCAAUUGAAACCGGUUGGAGAGAAGCUGAUAGAAUUAUGAAAGAACAUCCGAAUGUUAAAAAUUAGAUUUUCAACUAUCUCAACAUUUUAUCAUUUGGAAAAAUUAUUUUCACAUUGAAUAAAUAAAAAAAUUACAAUAUCA